GGGCCAGCUCAUUGAUUGCUGUAGGAUGCAGACAAAGAACUGAUCCAAAUUCCUUUAGGCAGAUGUGUAAAAUAUUGAUAUGAAAUGUGUUAAGUAUGAUACUGGUCACUUCUACACGGUGACUGUACUGAGACUUUUAUUUUGAAGAGGAGCGAUGCUGGUGUUAACUUGUUACCGUGACUUGCUUCACGAGGAGGCACCACCAGGAGCAAUGCAUGUGUUUGUCAACAAACAUCAACGAGGAGGACUUCAACCCGAUGUCAUUAAAUAUGGACACAGAUCCUUCAUCACAGUACGACCUAAUAAGUCCCCCCAAGGCUGACUGUAUCUACACGAGCUGUUACUGUGAGGAAAAUGUUUGGAAACUGUGUGAAUAUAUCAAAGCACAUCAACAACACUGCAUUCAGGAUGUUUAUGCUGUUUUCAUAUCGAAUGAACAGAGGAUGAUUCCCAUAUGGAAGCAGCAAUCUAGUCAUGGUGAUCAGCCAGUUGUGUGGGAUUAUCAUGUUAUAUUAUUACACAAGUGGAAAAGAGGCGAAAGUUACAUCUAUGAUCUGGACACAGUGCUUCCUUUCCCUUGCCCACUGAAAAUGUAUGAAGACGAGGCCUUGAGGUCCGAUAAACAUAUGAAGAAAUGCUAUUGCAGAAAAUUUAGAGUUAUCCCCGCUGAAACCUAUCUGAGCACCUUUGCAUCUGAUCGCUCCCACAUGAAAGAUGAAGCUGGCAACUGGAAAAAGCCUCCACCCCCUUACCAAUGUAUAGAGACAAGAGAGUCUAAAAUGAACUUGGACGAUUUCAUCAGUAUGGAUUCACAAAUUGGUUUUGGGACAGUCUUCAACCUGUUAGAAUUUGUGCAACAUUUUCAGUAGUUGUUAUCAGAGCAGGAUCAAACACUGGUAUCAAGCAGAAUCAAGCUAGCAAUUCACAAAUACAAUUUUCUUUUUGAUCUUGCUGUGAUCUUUUUGAUCUUGCUGUGUUCCUUCAAUAUCAUAGGCAGAUCAGGUAGCGUAGCAGUAAUCGAAUGAAUGCAAUUUUAUAGUGAAUUCAGGUAGCUUGGUAAUAUGUCUAGGUGGGGCUGCCUCCUACAGAAGAAAAAACUGAACUAGAGAUCUGAACUUUAGGUACGCAAAUGAGCUAAAAUUGAUGGUCAUUAUCUAGGUUCUGAAAAACUACAGAAGUUUUUCAGGAAAUGGAGGAUAACUGUCAACUGUUUUUGUUGGAUAUCUGUAUUGGUGUUUCAAACAGCUUUGUUUUCAGUUGUUUCUUCAAUUGAGCCAAAUAUUUUUUCCAAAGCCUGCUCUCGCUGUCUUCCGUCACUUGCAUGGGAUAUAAAAUCCUGUAGAAGCACAAGAUGUCAAGUACAGUAUACAUGCUAUUUUACUGUACAUUCACACCAGAAGUGACCAAAGCUAAUAGAGCAACGCAAGUCAUUGAUUCUCUUUGGAGGGCCACCAAGUGACGGACAAAGAAAAUUCGCCACGACGAAGCAAACUGGGCGACUAGGAUACAUUUCAGGAGUUUGAACACAAGUUGAUUUUAUGUUAAUGAGCCAAAUCAAUUGGAAUGUUCAUAUUUUCAAAUGUCCCAAGUUGACAAGCCAGAGCUGUUCUAUGAAUAGCCAAAUUAAGCGGGUCAAUAUCACAUCCAGAGAGGAUAAAGCGGGGGAAAGGGCUGGGGUAUAUACAACACAUUGCAUUAUUACAUUUCUUUCCUAUCAACGUAAUUCCUCUCUUCAGGAGUGACAAAUCUGGAGAAGAAUGCCUUGGAACUGUACAAUGAAGUUUACAUCUGUACUUAUGUUAAAUAAAAAACUUAUCACUGUU